AUGGUGUUGACGAAGCGGUAUGAGUACUCCCCGCUGGAGGAAAUUUUUUUUCCCAAGCGAACUCCAAACGCGCAGUUUUACUCCGAUGAAGAUUUAUCUCUUGGAGACGGAGGAGGAAAGGGGAAGGGGAAGACCCCCCCCCGUGACAAGAAAAAGAAGACUCACCUGAGCGGACGAAGGAACAAAAACCUGCAUGCCAACAUCAACCAGAUAAAGGACAUAUUGCUGCAGCCGGAACUCUCCCUAGAGUUAUGUCAACGGAAAAAAAAUUACUACCUGAACACGAGGCAGGCUAGCCAUGUGCAGAGCUACUUCUUUUUUUAUGACUACCGCAAGUGCUUCCUCAACAUGGAUGGGAAGAUGUACAUCGACCGGCACCCCGUGCGGAUAUGGAACGACGGCACGAAUCGAGACGAGAGACUGAAGCAAGCCAUCCCCGUGCAGAACUACAACUCCUUCGUCUAUGCCUAUAACAUAUAG